UUCAUCAAAAACUAACACCCGCUUUGUUGCUUCUUCGCAAAAACUCGCAGACCACGUUCACCUAACAACACGGAAUAUCCAGUCGUGUCUUUUUCUCUAGGAGGAAGUUGAGUGAGGCUGUCAGCAUAAGAUCAUCCGUAAAACGUGGCUGGGUUUUCUCAUGACAGAUAACUUCUCCUAAACGGGCGAUGCUUUCAGUUUAGGUAUUAGUCACGAGCUUCUCUUUGUCUUGCGAAAGAACUGACCGUUACUAUUCCACAGCCAACGGUUAGAGAACGUUAACUGAGAGAAAAGUUGAGCGCGUUUCGAUGGACUCCACCGAGAGAAAACACCGUUGGUAGGCUACAGACAGGGAGGCUGGAGGAGUGUGGGGGAGUGAAUUACCCCGCAGCUACCCCCCGGUGAAUGUAGUGUUUGUUUUUGUUUUUAUUUUCCUCUAACACGGUUCAACCCGGACUGACAUGGCGCGGUUCCUGGCUGCAAAACAGGUUGUAGCAGGUCAGGUUUUACAGCAGCACAAUCCCCCUUUCGAGUUACGUCAGUGAGGAAAAGGAAAAGCUUCUCCUCAACAGCACUCUACCAGCUGUAUUUAACCCUCCCUGGUAAUCAUUCUCAACAGAACGAGCCUUUCUGCGUCCGGCUACCAUCUGUGUGUUCACAAUGAGACGAGGAUUGAUGGUCCAUCAGACUGAGUACAGGACGAUGACAGAAGAGGUGACCAGGUGCUGUGAUGGAUACGAACAAGUCGGAAGAUACUGUGCCCUGCCUGUAAACAGGAGCGAAGAGUUUACCACCAAGCCAGGAUCCUGUCCAAAUGCAGAUGGAUCCAGUCCUGGAUCUGAGGCCUGUGAGUGGGACAUAGACUGCACAGGCUGGCAGAGAUGCUGCCACAGAUUGGGCAGUUCUCUCUGCAGUAAUCCUGCAAGUCCAUCUAAUGUCUCUACCACCGGAGGAUGCCGUUUUAAUGCAACAGUGACAGUGAAGACAGAUUACCAGCCACUGAUGUCCAAUAAUGGAGGACAUCUAAAUCACCUUAGAUUGCUGCAGGCAAUGGUCACAGGAGCUCUGCAGGCUGAUGUCUCUGUGUAUUACCUCGACUCAUGGCCUGUUUACCCCUUCAGAACUGCCACCUCUCUGCUGAUCGAAUGCAGCAGUCCUCUUUCACUUCACAAUGUCACAUCAAAGCUGCAUCUGCUGCUCGCGCACAUACAGGAGGUGUCAUCUGUAACCGUGGAAGAUAUAAAUGAGUGUGCACAGCCUGCCCUGUGCCGGUGCUCCCCUAAUGCAAACUGUACCAACACAGAGGGUUCCUACCACUGUACCUGUCUGCAAGGAUACACUGAUGUUGACCCCAGUGACCCUGGAGCCCAUUGUAGAGACGUCAGUGAGUCGACCACAACAGAGCCCCCGCAAACCUACCUUCCACCCAUGAACACAACCUACACCCCGGCCUCCAUCACCACACAGGACCCUCUGGGAAAAGGCAUCACGGGUGUUCUUAUGACUACGGAUCUAAGUAACACGAGCUCUGUUCCUUCAACUACAUCACUUGAUCCACAGUGGACAAGCUCUGCACCUUACACUACCAUGAGAUCAACUGUGGAGUCAACCCAACCGACAACCACGUGUGCUCCUCCCAGCAUCACCAACUUAUGGUCGGCCAAUGUCACUGGAACCUCCUUCUCAGUCUCCUGGUCCAGCCAGUCCCAGACUAACCAGACUUACCAGGUUGUCGUAAUCAGGGGGUCAGAGGUUGUUCAUUUUCAUGGAACAAGUGAUACCAUGAUGGAGGUGCAGGGACUCUAUCCUGGGAUGCUCUACAAUGUCACAGUCACACCAUGUGCCUGUGGAAGCCAAGGGGGAAGCUUUUUUAUAUCCGUCAAGACUGAUGCUCAGACUCUUGAUGCCACAGCACGACUUACCAACAUCCAGUUCACUGCUGAUCUGCACAACACCAACAGCCAGGCCUACAGAUCCCUCACUGAGAGUUUAACAGAGGAGAUCUACCAGUCUCUGUCUGCAGAGAUGAAGGCCAUGGUGGACUCAGGACAGGUGAGAAUCGAGAUCAGAGGCUUCUCCCAGGGGAGUGUGGUGGUCAACUUCAACCUCAUUGUCACCCCAAGUCAGAGCCAGGACAUCAGUAAUGUCUCCACCGCUGUGCUAAACUCCCUGUUGAACAGCACUAAAUACACUGUGGAUAAAAACAACACCAGCAUCACCGAUUUUGAUGAAUGUGCUUCAGGAGAGAAUGACUGUUCCCAGUGGGCAACAUGUAUGAACACCUGGGCCUCCUACACGUGUGUCUGCCUUGAUGGGUUUAUAGACAGGAACAUAGAGAGGACAGGACGAGCAUGUCAAGCAAUCCCCACCAUGAAGGUGACAACAGCACCUCUGAAACCAACAAUAAUCUCUACUGUUAGCACCACCCCUUUCUCUGAAACAACCCCAACCAGAGAUCCUGCUUUGAUCACUGUAACCACCACUCCAGAGACAACCACUGUCAUCAUAUCAACAAGUGAAGCAGUUACAUCAAGCACACCGGCUCAAACCAUUGCUGCAGACACACCAACAGCUCUCCCAGUGGUGAUACCUACGCAACCUAGCACCACCAUUACUGCUGCAACCACCACCACUGUCCCUACAGCCUCGACAACAAUCACUACUCUCCCUGCAACCACAAUUGCUACAACUGAAACCAUCACUUCUGAAUCCAUUACUACCACCUCUGCACCUGCAACAACUACUCCUGCAACAACAACCACUCCAGUGUCUACAACCACCACUCUUUCACCAACAACCAUCACCUCUGCUUUUACAACAACCACUCCAGUGCCUACGACCACUUCUCCAGCACCAACCAGCACCUCUCCCGCACCUGCAGCCACCACUCUUGAAGUAACAACCACCUCCCCUGCAUCAACAACCACCUCUCCUGCACCAACAACCCUUACUGCUGCUGUAACAACCAGCAUUCCUGCACCAACAACCACCAUUCCUGCAUCAACAACCACCUCUCCUGCACCAACAGCUAUUACUUCUGCUGUGACAACCAGCACUCCUGCACUAACAACCACCAUUCCUGCAUCAACAACCACCUCUACUGCACCAACAACCAUUACUUCUGCUGUAACAACCUUCACUCCUGCACCAACAACCACCAUUCCUGCAUCAACAAUCCCUACUUCUGCCCUGAAAACCACCAUACCUGCCCCAACAACUGCAACACGCAAACCAAUAACUACCACUCCAGCAUCUUCAACAACCAGAACCGCCCCUAAACGCAUCACUCUUGCAGCCACAACCAAAAGUGAUGCACAGAAAACCACAACAACUUUAAUAACCACCAGUCCCUCAGUAAAGACAACAACACAGAUCCCUAAAAAACCCACCACUGAUCAAACAAAAACCACUCUUGCCCCUAAAAUUACCAAAACUAGCCCUAAAACCACAAUGCGCACUACUUUCUCUAAAACAACUCCUGCUACUAAGACUGCAGCCCCUACAUCUCACACUACUGCCCCAAGAACCUCCACCAAUACCUCUAUGCUUGGGGCAAUCUCCGUCCAGUGCAGGGUUGCUGCCAUCACUGUGACUGUUGCCAGAGAUUUUCUCCAGAGCACCAACAUCAAGGAGAGCGCUCUUUACUUGGGACUGCCAGAGUGUGGUGUCAAUGGAGGCAAUGCUACCCAUGCAGAGCUGACCGUGGCUUGGAAUGAGUGUGUCACCAGACUUGUGCAUAAUGAAACCUUCUACACGGCAUCUGUGACUCUGUUCAACUCCAUGGAGGCAUACACGUCACCAAGUGGAGAAAUGGAGGUGCCCAAAAUUCGACUGGAGGUUCCCAUAAUGUGUACCUACAUGAAGAGCAUGCUUAUCUCUGCUGAUUUUGGCUCCAUGGGGUAUGAUAUGAUCAAAGAUGUCAUCACGGGCUUGGGAUCGUUCCAGGUGACAGUGCAGCUGAUGAACGGCACAUUGCCUCUACCCCACAACUACAGCAUGUCGUCUGAGGAGGAAUUGGUGGUGGAGGUCAGCCUCAACACCUCUUCUGAGCAGAUUAAAGUAGUCAUCAAUAAAUGCUGGGCCACUCCCAGCCCAUACCCUGGAGACACCUACAGCCACACCUUCUUGGAGAACAGCUGUUCCCUGAACUCUUACACUAAAGUGUUAGCCAAUGGGAACUCCAGCACAUCACGUCUGUCCGUUAAGAUUUUCUCCUUUGUCAACCUGAACGUGAUCUAUCUGCACUGCCAGGUCCAGAUCUGUGUGCAGAUAGGAUCUGACACCUGUGUGCCUGACUGUCUACAAAGAACAGCUCGGUCGUUUAACAUAAUAGGAGGAGCUGUGGGCUCCUCUGGGCCUGUGCUGAGAUCUGAUGAGGAUUCCUUAGAGGAUGAGCUCAACACUCUUCACAUAGCCGGACUCGCUUGUCUUGGAAUCGGCAUCUCGCUGUUCUUCAUCAUCGGGUUCGUCUGCCUCUUUUACUAUCAGAGGAACAGAAUCGGACAUUACAACUUCAGCGUCAAACCCAAACAGGAGAACUUCACCUACCUGGUCUUUAACACCUAAAGGUGCUGCAGUCACAGGGUGGGAGAAGGUUCCUGUUUGGAUGGAAGCAGAUUAAUUCGGUUGGCUGGUACUGUCCACUGCCACUAGGUGGUGCUGUUGCACCAUUUGCAUUUUAGAUUUUAAACAUUGCAUUUCUUUGCACAUUAAAGAGUUAAUGUGGUACAGAUUAUAUUUAUAUUUCACCCUCUCUCCACAUUUAUUUGUGAUAUUAAAACGAUAGAACACUUGUACACUGAAAUAUCAAAUGAUAUUUAUUUAUUUCCUAAAUAUUAAGAUUAAAUUAAAUAUGUAUGACAUGAUAGGCAUUUUAAAAAUCUAAUGUUUUAUUUUUUCUAUUUACUGCCACCAUCCUUGAAGACCAUACCUGUAGUGCAUUAUUGGGGCAUUUAUAAUGUGUUAAUGCAUCCAUAGAGCUUAAUGACCACACUCAUAAACACACACUGCUGUCUGGUGAACUCUAUUAACAUUUAUAAAACAUAAUAGAUGUGACUGGUACAGUUUUCUUACAGAUGCUCUGUACUGUUUUUUAACUUGAGGUUUCCUCAUGAAUCAGUAAGGCUCAUUUCUACCACCAUCAACUGUAGAAAGAACUUAUAUGUGUGCAGUGUAAUGCAUGAGAACUAUAAGGUGUGAGUAAAGUGAAGUACAUGUUGAUGCAUUUAUAAUUUUAUCAUCAUGUUUCAUAAUUAGUAGUAAGUAUAGUUUAAUGAAUUUCCAUGGGUUUAAAUAAUCUGUGAUGCCUUAUUAGUGAUGACCAGGCAGUGCAAUUUAUUCACUUUAAGCAGAGAAGUGUAAACUAUAACACUGUAAUUAAUCAUUCAAAGUCAAAGACAAAAUGCAGUUUGUUUAAAUGUAUUUCCACUGGGUUAAAACUUCAAAGCUGUGUGUCAGCAAACCAGAAAAAACCCCAAAACAACACCCCUUAACCACACAUGCAAACGUAAAGGGAAAAUGCGUCAAGACUUUACUCACCACUAACAAUGACACUGUGCACUAUAGAUGUGGUCUUCAAAGAAAGCCUUACUUUUGAAGCUGAGACGAAAAUAAACUUGAGAGAACUACUAGAACUAGAAGCACAUGAAAUACGAACACUGGAAAGAAAAUGUACCAAACUGACCUCAAAUUACAGAAGAUACCCGACAUACUCACCGACUUAGAAGAAUGUUUCUCUACAUGUUUAACAUAAGACUGUGUUAUGAAAUGAGUUUGCACUGAGUUUGCUUGUUUUGCAUAUCUCUGCAUAAGUGGUGAUGUCUAAAUGGUCAAAUAUGGUCGUAAAGUAAAAAUCUGCAGUACUGUUCAAGCACAGUUAUCACUUUAAUUUAUUUUGGCUGCUAUUUUUCUAAAAAUGUAUCUUUUUGUAUUUGUUGCAUGUGAAACUUUCCCGUUGUUCUUACUUGUAAAGACUCUUUUGUGAUGUAAGUUUUGUGAAAAUAAACAUGUUGUGUAUGAGUUCAGACA